AAAAUGGGGCACAAGCGGGGAAUGUCGGGCGAAAAGGAAGUCUCUUUGAUUUUCAGCUGGGCCGCAAUUAUCCCUCUUGCACGUUCCACAUACCGGAAUUAGAGCAGUUGGAUCGUUACGAUCCCUUUCCUCUUUUCCACCACUUUCUCAUGUGGUAUCACGUGAGAAUGUAUGAAAAGAUUCCUCGGGAGAGAUAUCUAUAGAUUAUAGUACGACGCUCUAGAAAAUGUGUCUAUGCGGCGAUCAACGAAGGGCCCCUCGUACGCGCUAAAAUGCCACUUGGGCGCAUCGAAUUUCGCUUAAAUUCUCUGUUGAAAUUCACUUUUGAAUUACGCUACCAAAACUAAAACUCUUUAAAACUGUUGCUAGUUUGGAAAUUAUUCGAUCCUGUGUCGUAGAAUUGAUUAGGAAAAAAAAAGAAAAACAAAAAAAAACAAAAAAAAAAAAAAAGAAAAAGAAAUCUUUUAAGCCACGGCUUUCGUAAUAUCGUGCUCGAAUACGUGCAGACGUAUCGAAUAUUUUCAAUACAAAUGUUGACGAAUGUGGAAAUUCUAUAAACAUUUCUGUGCAAACUCCAAGGAGAUUUCUUUGUUCAUUCGCUUCGUAUGCGAUGCUUUGAUGUAUGGGAAUGAAAACGGUUUCCUAUGGAAUUUUACUUCCCACUCAUCUCGCAUACCCAUUUUUAAUCUCUUUGUGACGAUAAACACAUCCGCAACCCCGACCGACUAUUCCCAGGUUAUUUCUCUCUAUCGCACGAAAGGGUCCUAUCGUGCAAAAGAAAGAAGAACGCGCGGCGUGAAAUCAAUAUCUCGGCGUACCGUAUUUCGAAAAAUUUCCGUCCAUCGAAUCUAUACGAUACGGGACAUACUGAUCAAUAUCUUGUACCUACUGCAAUAUUUAGGUAUCGAUGAUAGAUAUGGAAUUAUUAUUGGAAAUACGAUCAAUGCGCUUGCAAAUAUUCCAUCGAUUCCAAUCCUAAAGUCUCAGAUACGGGCAAUAAGAUACUUUCAAAGGUGUAGAUAUCGCGUGCGAUAGAUAAAGGUCCUUGAUCUUUCGCGAGGAUCCAUGAAACGAUAUCGGGGUUGAUCGGGGACAAUAUUUAAGUUAACGAUCUCCUCUUCUCGUCAUUCUUCUCGUCUUCUCACGAAAUUUAAUACAGUACUUAUUUCUACCAAGUGAUCAUUCCGAUAAGGCUUAAUUAUCUCGUAUAAAUUAUUUUUAAUGUCACCUUGUCUCGUCUAAUUAAAUUUCGACAGAAUGAAAAAAAAAAAAAAAGAAAAAUGAAAUGGCGUUUAAAUAACGUUAAUUAAAUUGAGAAAUGAAGUUAUAUUAUACUCUUACCGCUAUCUAGACGCCUCGCUAGAUCCCGUCUCGUCUUAGUCUCGUUUUAAGAUCUAUCUCGUUUUGUGUCAUUUUCUUAAAUAUUCCAAAAGCCAACGAAUAUCAAUAGAUUGGGACUGGAAAAGAAUAGAAUAUACAUAUCCAUACGUUCCUUCCCCGAUAGAAUUAUAUACAUAAUACAUAGGUAUGUAGUUCGCGCACGAUUGGCUACGAUACCCAAUAAAGGUCUUUCGAUAAAGCUUCGAAAAACGGAUCCGAUUUCUCGGCGAUAUCUUCGGCGAGUGACCCAUUCUAUUUCGUUUCCCAAGUCAAAAGUACCCUUGUCUCGGCCUUCUCUCUCUCUCUCUCUCUUUCUCUCUCUCUCUCCCUAGUCUACCUUCAAAGCUCUUCUUUCAUAAGAGUUUGGCAUCUCGUGUAUCCAUCGAUAGGGAUCCGCGAGAUAUUGUGCCUGUGUGUACGUCCGAACAUCACGAAUUCUAAAAAUUGCGAAUUUUUAUGGACGGCUCUUUGCCCAAUUGAUCAGAAUGUAACAAGAAAGGAUCCUCGAUACGUAAAAAGAAACAUCUGUCGUAUCAUCUUUCGUGUACAACUCUGUAUAUAUAUAUAUAUAUAUAUAUAUAUAUAUAUACAUAUAUAUAAAUGCGUAUAUAUAGUAUUAUUACAUAUAUAUCAGAGAACGUCCGUGUGCCAUUUAGAGAAUAUGAUAUUACAAAUGUACGCCGAGCGCCUUAUUACGUGGGAAUAUAUUUCUCGUGAUCCACUAAAUCAUCGCGUUAGGAAAGGUCAAGACUAUCCAGGGACUUUGAUAUAUUAUAUAUAACUAGACGAGAAAAGACUUUUUUAUAUUUAUAGACGCCGAUCAUCGAUUUUCCCCGUUUACGCAGUUCUUAUAGAUUUCAAGAAGCAUUCGAUUCUUUAAUGCGAUAUAACGAGAGUGCUAUCUCUUUCGCUUAAAUCGGCGAGAAAAAAAAAUUCAUGACGGAUGAUAUUUUAUCAAUUGACUACCGUCGUUGACAAUGAACUUUUAUCACCGUUGGCUCGCUAAUUACGAAAGCUGAACAAUCGGAAGAAGUCCGUAGAGAUGAGAUUGACUCGCCAGUUGAGCUUAGGCGACGCACGCUCCUUCUCGUAUAGAAGAACGUAUAGAAAAACUCGAGUAGAGGGAGAGAGAGAGAGAGAGAGAGAGAGAGAGAGAGAGAGAGCAUAUUAUACGUAGCACUAGUCUUUCAUCCCACCCAUAUAAUCGCACACACACACACACAUCUCUCUCUGCCCUCCAUAUAUUUAUCUUCGCAUAUCUGUCGAUUCUCUUAUGCGAUAGAAGGAGAGAAAAUGGGGCUAACUGGAAGGGGGCUGUUAAUACAUCGAACCACGUAUGAACCGUAUAUGUACGUUCACGGUCAGUAGGUAUUUAUCGUAUGCAUACCAACGUGUGCGGAGUAUCGUGUGGUCUAUCGUGUGGCGGAAAGUUCACGUAGAGACACGUGGUCGAGCGGUUAACCAUGCACACAUGCGCCGUACGCCUCAUCACCUACGCACAAAUCUACGAUACAGGCAUAUAUCCUAUACUCUACGUGGUAAGCAGCCGCGCCGCAUUCACCUGUCCAGCACACGUAGCAGCGACACGUAGCUGACACUUUUCUAUCCUUAAUAACAGUAUCCUAUAUACGACACGAGAGACAGGUACGGUGUUCGAAACAUACGCGUAUCUUAGUCGUAUAAACGUGGAAUCGAAAGGCGCAAGCGCCAAGUAUUCCCUCUCCCUUUCUCUUUAUAGAGCGCGUGUGCGCGCGCCUACACGGACAAAAUGACGAUGACGGGUAGACGAGUUGAAUCGAGCUUUUCCAGGUCCACGAAGCGCAGGCGCGCUGAACCGACAUCGUAUUGCAGGAUUCUGCAAAGACCAGAGGGGUCUUUCAUCCCUCUUCAUUUCCCUCUCCUCCUCCUCCUCCCCAAAGCCCCAUUUACUACAUUCUCUUGGCUCGGCAUUCCAUCUCUUUCUCCUACCUCCUCUCUUCACCCUAUCCCUACUGUCUUUCGAUCUCCCUGCCACUCCCCUUUUUUCAACCGUCGAUGGCCGUACGUGCGUACGCCUGCGUAUACGUCGCCACUAUUUAGUACCACGUUUUACUACUGAUACUUACGACCUACUACGCGCAGCGGCGUACCGCACGCUUUUUCAUUUCUCUUUGAACUUUGAUCGACGAAAAGAAUCCUCUACAAUGAAUUAUUUUCAUUUUCUCGGUUGGUAUUUGACGAACGAUUCGAUCGGAGAAAAGUCCAUCUUCAUUCUUAUCUCCUCUUAAGGAGGACAAAUUUCUAUGAGAAGUUUGAUGCGAAGAUCGCGAGGUCUUCGAAGCAAUGGGCGAAGAUAAGGGUGACGGUGGUAGAGCGUAGAUAAAUGUUAAAUCUCUCUCUCUCUCUCUCUCUCUCUCUCUCUCUCUCUCUCCCUCUCUCUCUCUCUCUGAGAUCAUGAUCGUACGUCUCAGAGAACGAGAAAAAUAAAGAGGAUGGGGCUGGGGUGGAAAGGGCAGAAAGAAAGACACACAUGGAAGUGACAGACGAUUCGAGCGAAAGAGAUAGAAGGGAAGACGAAAGAGGGGAUGUAUCGAAAAGAAAUCAGGGACUGAACCCCGGCGUUGAACGAGGACAUGGAUAGACGUAGAAAAAGAAGUGGGUGGAGAUGGUGGACGGACGCGAAGCAGGAAAGAGGUUGUACGGUGACGUCAUGGUGGAUCGAUAGUUACCCACACUCCAUGGCUCGCGAGAGUAUUACGCGGGAAAAGCGCGUGCGCGGCUUCCGUACGCUUCCAAGUACUUCUUCCCGCCAUAUUAGCCACUAUGGGAUAGACGAGGAUGUGCGACAGGGGUGGCACAGGGUGCUUUUUCUCCCGUAAGGAGGGCCGGGGGGAAGUGAUAGACAUAAGCGCAAGUCCUGGAAGGCAAGCUCCUACCAACCAGUUGCGCCCCAAGGAACCACCAUCUUUGGUCAUCCAGGGAGACUUCCGAAAAAUAAGCGGGAUCAGUUCGGACAUCUUCAAGCAAAUCGAAACGGUCGAGAACGAUCAUGACGCCUCGACGGCAGCGGCCCUCGAAGCUGUUGAGCAAAGGGGUGACAUGGUCGUUCGCGUCAUCGAGCCCCGUCAAAUGGGCAGACAAGUGUCCGAAGCGGCAAAGAAAUUCAUUGCGAUGCAGGAUCCUAAACAUCCUAUCCACCUUGUUGAGAUAAUUAAAAGGCCGGGACAGACGCUUGGCUUAUAUAUACGCGAAGGUAAUGGCGUUGACAGAAACGACGGCGUCUUCAUCUCAAGGAUAGCAUUGGAAACUGCCGUCUAUAACAGUGGCUGCUUGAAGGUAGGCGACGAGAUCCUCGCGGUAAAUUUAGUCGAUGUGACGCACAUGAGCCUAGACGACGUCGUUAUUAUCAUGUCGAUACCGAGGAGGCUCAUUCUCUCGACUAGACACGGUCCCCAUCAAGCUGUCUCUCAUAGUCGUCAGGCUGAGCACAAAGCACCACCGGUGGUAGUGAUCAAGAGGGAACUGAACGAAGACGAGAGCGACCACGCUACGAGUAAUCAUGUCAGAGACAGUAGUCGCAGACGAGGCGACGGACGAGAAAUGUUGCCCUCCCGAUCGCAACUAGGCCUUACGGGUUUGGGAUCGAGUCAAGAUUUGGGUUCUAGUAACGGCGAUCUUUAUUACAAUUCGAGACCGGAAGGACAUUGGUCUUAUCAACCACCACCACCACCUGUCAUCACCCAUCAACCGAAACCUGCGACUGCACAACAUUUUCAACCUUACGAGCGUGGUUAUCCGAAGACAUUGGAAAGUCUGGCCGAGAAAGAUUUUACGAAGGUACACUCCUUCUAUACUGGGCCAGUGAUGCCAUCGAACGAUGGACGUCGAAUGUCCACCGGUGGCGGAAUGCAAUCGGUCGCAGGAAGAUUGUCAGGGCAGACUCAGUCCUCUCAUUAUGGUUAUUCUCAGCAUGCCGGCAGUGGAAGGAUCAUUCCAAGAAGCGGUUCGGAUCAACAUUUGCCGCGCGUCGAUUACGCGAGCAUAACGAUGCCAGCUCGUCAUACUCUUCUAAGAUCGAGCUUAAAAUCGGGAACGUCGGCAUUGAGAUACAACACCAGAUACGGGACUCAAGCGGACACGCCGUCAAUCACCCCACGGCGAAAUCCAGUCGGUACUUUGACCAGGAGACACAGACCAUCUUUGGAUUAUGCUUCCGAUACCGAGGCCACGUGUUCGAGUUCACCGAAAUCUGCCUACUAUUAUUACAGACACAAUAUGAAUAAUCCACCAUCGAGCAGUGCCGUCUCCCAUCUUGCGACCCUUUCGAGAUCGCAAAUUGGUCAGGGUAUGGCGGGACUGAGAUCGAACUCUUUGCCCCGAAGUGGUAGAACGUUGCCGCAACAGCCAGGUAUCAGGUCGGGUCUCAGUACGGUGGCAUCAGGAUUGAUCGAUCAGGAAGACAGCGAUGGUGCUUUAUCGGCCCCAGAAUUGCCUUCGAUUAGACGAGACAGGGGUAGGAUACCAUCGUCGCCUAGCGUAUUCACUUCCGACGAAUAUCGAGCGUGGUUGAGCAGGACGCCUAGCACGAGCGCACUGUACGAGCAAAUCAGGGCCACCACAAAUCGACCACCACGUUAUACCUAUAGCGCUGAAAAUAUUCACGCGGCGGUCAAUCAAGGCGAUUAUGGUAGUUACGGGGCGUACAGACCACUUUCUAGUACGUUGGACCGACUCUCAACGAGAUCUGCCUCGGCGCAACAAGUUAAUUUGGCGAAUUUGAGAGCGUCGACGGCUAUUAGUUCGACGUGUCAUCGGGGUACAGGCAAUCCUAGGCCGGCAUCGGUGGCUACAAGCGCACGUUCCUCUUUGACAAGUCAAAAACCGUCGUUAGGAAGCUCAGCGAGUCAAAGGGCAACAUCAGUUAGAAGAAUUAGAAACUUAUUAGACCUUGAAUCUACGAGAAGUAUACCGACCCCCACACCUACCAGAACUCAGGAUCAAAGACUGCUAGAUAUUAAUCCUGCAGAGUUCCUCAAGUAUAAGAUAGAAAAGCCACCGACAGUGGGUACUCCGAGUUCGACCAGUUCCCUCUUGAGUUCACUCGGGGAGACCAGCGGUGGUGAUCUGGCAGGUGGGGUCAGUGGAUUGCUCUGGGUACACUUAUUAGCGGGUCGCGGCCUUCGUUCGACUACAACCUCCUCGGCAGCAACUACACCCUCAACGCCAUCGGGUCAGCCUAAUUUAGCUAGCUGCGGCCUGAGAGACUUAUAUUGCGUAUUGGAGUGUGACAGAGUGCACAAAGCACGGACCGUAGUGCGAACGGGCGAUUUGAUGUUCGAUUGGGACGAAACCUUCGAGCUGGAUCUCGUAGGAAAUCGGCAGCUGGAUCUGCUCGUAUAUUCUUGGGACCCACAAUAUCGGCACAAACUUUGUUAUAAAGGAUCCGUACACUUGGCGACACUGCUUAAGGAAGCGGCGAUGCAUCAGUUGGCGGUUAAGGUCGAGCCUCGAGGUACAAUCUAUUUAAGACUGCGAUAUACCGACGCCCAGCAAACUUUCAGACGGAGGGGAUUACCAGUUAUAUCCCUCGCUACCAGAGUAGCUCCUUUGUUCGGAGUCGAUCUCGAUACCGUCGUUAGUCGAGAGUCAAAGACUGGAGGAGUUCCCGGUGGUGUUUCCACGGCACUAGCAAUGGGAGUUCCAAAUGUACCGAUAAUAGUUUGGCGAUGCGUCGAGGAGGUUGAAAGGAGAGGCUUGGAUAUUAUAGGUUUGUAUAGACUUUGUGGCUCGGCAACAAAAAAGAGGAUAUUAAGGGAAGCUUUUGAACGAAAUGCACGAUCGGUCAAUCUAUCACCCGACAACGUACCAGAUAUAAACGUCAUCACCGGCGUACUGAAAGAUUAUUUACGUGAACUUCCGGAGCCGCUCUUUACUAAAUGUCUCUAUCAAAUGAUGGUCGACGCACUGGCCGUUUGUUUGCCCGAUGAUCCACAAGGCAACGCUAAACUCAUGUUCAGUAUAUUGGAUUGUUUGCCUAAAGUUAACAGAUGUACAUUGAUUUAUUUAUUAGACCACUUGGCAAUGGUCGUUUCUCAAUGUAACAAAAUGUCACCAGCGAGUUUGGCUGUCUGUUUUGGACCAGUACUCAUGUUACACUCCGAAGAAGGUGGUCCUCCGUUGGAUUUCCAACAGCCGAUAGCUGUAUUGAAAUAUCUAUUGGAAAUAUGGCCAAUUAAGUCAGUUCGGAAGACUUCUUCAGUCGGUUCAGCGCUUCCUCGAGUUACGCCAGCAACCGAGCACAGCAACAGUCAGCAACAAGUGGACCAACAGCAGCAGCAGCAGCAUCAUCACCAUCACCAUCAGCAGCAGCAGCAGCAGCAGCAGCAGCAGCAGCAGCAGCAGCAGCAGCAGGUACAGCAACAGGUACAACAACAGGUACAGGGAACAUUGGGUCGAACAGGGCUGCUUUGGCAGCAGCCACCCUCACUUCAUCGUCCACCCCAAACUACAGCAGCCGAAGCCCUCGCACCCUCCAUUCGUCCGCCUCCGCCGCCGCCAAUCAAGCCUCGACAGGUGAUAGUCUCGUCUCCCGGUUCACCUAGCAGCGAGGAGUCGGAAGCCUCGCCGGAGCCGAUUGACAAGAGCCUCCUAGGGGGUUUGGGAUUUGAGAAGGUCGGGGAAACUACUACCACGACGGCUGGCUCGAUCAUAGCGGGUGCGGGUGCGGGUUCGGGUGUGGGAGCGGGCGCGAUCGCGAUCGCGACCGAACAAAUGACGCCUACGAGCAGCGUCGACACGGAGGAAGCCCGUAUCUUGGAAGAGCCCGAGAAAGGUGCCGAAGGAGACGUCGAGGCAAGCGACGACGAUCGCCAUCAGCAACAGCCACAGCGACAGCACCAGCAGCAGCAGCACCAGCAGCAACAACAACAACAACAACAACAACAACAACAACAACAACAACUUCCGAAAACGAGCCAUUAAUUAGGGCUUGCGAGCGGAUAUCAUUGAACGUUAACGAAAUGCGCAGCGCAGUGAACGUAAAAGGAAUAAGCGCGAGUGAGAUCAAUGCACUUCGUUUGAGCAAAUAAUAGACUAAACAUAUAAAUAGAAUACAAAUAAAAUAACACCGUGCUCGUAACGGAUCUCUGCCGAUGUUUUCUGGCCUUUUUAUUCGCGAGUUUAACGGUUUCGGCGAUUUCGACGAUCGUCUUUCCCUCGUCUAUGGUCUUUCUAACGCUGAUUUCAUCGCACGUAGCAUCAGAAAUUUCUCUUAUCGGGAAAUAUUAAAAAAUUUUCCUCUUUCUCCGUUGGAUCUAUUUUUUUUUUCCAAUUAAUAUCCCGAUAAGAGAUUACCGCCUUUAUUCAUUGUAUAAUUUACAUAAAUCCAACGUCUCGUUAAUAUUAUAGAUUUCUAUUUGUGAAAAUAGAUAAACUCGCAAACGAUUCCAUUGAAUCUCUUUCACAAUUUCAAAAGAUUAGAAAGAUACGUGCGAUGUAUUAACGCGAUUCGCCUACGUCGUUAAUCGAUCGUGUAUCGUAUCGACAACCUCAUAUCACAGUUUAACGCGCGGAGUUAUCUUCGAUCUCGCCAAUACCAUCGAUAUUAAAUAUAAUAGCUCCGUUGCAAAUUACGAACGUAAUUAAAAUUUCCGUAAGAAAAUAUCGAUUUUAAUUCAAAGCCGAGUUACAAACCGUACAACAAAUCAUUACCACUUUGCUGGAUAACUUUCAUAUUUCUAUAUUUAUAUCAUUUACACGUCGUAAUGAGGUCUCGCUUGAUAUCGAACAAUUUUAAUUAGUUAAAAAUAUCGAUCGAGCGUUCGUAGGCGAUUGUCAAAGUAAUUAAAAACGCUAACCGAUAGGACCAUGGCGAACAUUCUUUCCCAACUUAGAACCGACGUUCCUAAAUCGAUAGGAAACUUUACUCGAGAUUCGUGCAGCUACGUCAUUCUCGCCGUUGUAACAAUAAAUAGACAAAUGAUAAAUGAAAAUAUUUCGAGCGAGAGUGAAGCUUUCAAAGCACAACCUAUCGAUAUUAAAAGAAAAAAGAAAAAAGAAAAAAAAGAAAAAGAAAAAAAAAGGAAAAAAAAGAAAAAAAAAGAAAAAGAAAGAAAAAAGAAAAAAAAAGAAAAGAAAAGCGACAAAUUAGAAAUAAAAGGAGGCAAAGAAAGAGUUUAAACGUUAAAGACGUAUGAAUUUUUUCAAAAGAAAAGAAGAAAAAAAGAAAAAGAAAAAAAAAGAACAUGUAUUUUCAGUCAAAAAG